AUGCCUCGCCGCAUCGCUGAAGCCGACUCGUCCACGACGCGCGCACAACCCGCCGACGCCGCGCAGCAGCCCGCCGGCCCGUCCCUCGCCCUGCGCUUCUCCGACGAGGUCUGGCUCCGCACGUUCGCCCACCUCGACUACUACGCGCUCAACAAGGUGCAGCGCGUCUGCAAGAAGUUCCGGCGCCUCGUCCAGCACGAGAGCCUCGACGACACGCUGUUCCACCGCGGUCCCGUCGCCGGCGCACCUGGCAAGCUCAAGGUCGGCAUGCAGUUCGCGCUGCACCCGCACAUCGCGACCUUUCGCGUGCUCGAGCGCUCGCGGUGGCUCUCGGUCGCGGCCGAGCACAUGAAGAAGGCGGCCAAGAAGGGCGUCGACCCGGGCCGCACGCCCUGGACGUACCCGACCACGCGCGAGUUUGCGACGUCGCCCGCCUGCACGCGCCUCAAGGUCCGCCCGGCGCCCGAGUUCUACAACAACGGCGAGAAGCACUCGCACGUCCUGAUCAACAAGAAGGACGGCGGCGGCGUGACGGUCGGCGACGUGUUUACGGCGCUCGGCACCUGGUUCGACAAGCCGGCGCCCAAGGACGUGCUCCAGGCGCUCGAGUACGACAGCAUCGCGCGCAAGCGCCACGUCGCCAACGACGAGAUGGCCGAGGACUGCUACUGGAACGGGUGGCAGGACCCGGUCGUCAAGCCCGGCGAGGGCAAGCGCCCGAUCCUGAGCGUCUACCUCGAGCCGAUCCCGUACGGGUUCGACUGAGGCGCGAGCGCGCGAACAGUACAGCGUCCAGCCGGAUCUAGCCUCUCCUUCUCUCGUCGUUGUACCUCUCUCCCUCUCUGUGUCUCGCUGUGCAACCUGUCUAUAUCUC